AUCACUUUAUCACAACGAAUAUUCUGCGCUUUGGCAAAACUAGUAUACGAUUACAAAAUUAUAGUAUAGUUUUGUUAGACAAUAACAACAUACAAUUCAGUAACUCGAACAUACAUAAUAUGAAAUGAAUACCAUAUUUCAUUCAGUUGAGCUACGCUAACAACGUUAAUAGCAUUUUGUUUUCACAAAUUUAUAACAACCCCGUAAUUAUAAAUUACUAACCAAGAGAUGCUUAAUAAAAUUCCGGGUUGCACUGGAAUAGUAGCCCCAUUGAUUAUACGGUUUAGUCUGGUACAAUUCACCAGGCAACCCGAUCACGUAUAUAAUGGACUGGCCUGGUUGAUUCAGAGUCUAUCCUAUUUGAGGCCCAUUUCGGUUGGUCAUGAUAGUCGACCCUGUACCUGAAUCUGGUGACGAGCCCAGAAUAUUUCAUAUAGCCAUUUUCAAGGUCCAAUAUCUUGUAAAGAUUUUCAAGAACAAACCGACGAUAUCAUCAGCAAUUUGUCACCAAUGAUACGAGACACGAUGAUUAAGAUAGAAAGAAGACAACACGUAUCCUCCUCAAACCACAUGUACAUCUUCCUCACACACCACCUGUCAAAAGUUUAAAUAAAAUACUCAUGAACCGACCCUACGUAUAAAGAUCAUAAAAAGUAUUAGAUAAAACAAGAAGAAAAAGUGUAAAAAACUCAAAUGAUUCGCUUGUCUCUCUAUUUAAACAUCACAAUCAAUCUCUCCAUAAUCCUACACCAAUUAUUCUCCUCAUAUUCCAUACAUCACAUCUCUAUAACAUCCACAAACAUUUCACCUCUUUGAUCCCUUUUUCGUAUAUAUAACAAUAUUAGUAUUUGAAGCUAUCACAAGGAUGAUUCCUAUAUGCGUGCAAUGCGGAACGGGAGGAAACCCAUGUAGAUGCAAAGUGGUCGGACCGACGUUAGGGCUUGUGGCGUUUUUAGCAGCCGGAGUGGUGGAGUGGCCGGUGGGAGCAUUGGUUUAUAUCUUUAAACAUGCCAAAGGUCGACGUAUUAUGGGUCAUCCGGCUACCCACGUUUAUCCCAAAGUCUCCCGUUCCAUUCCCAUAUGAUUUUGAAUCUCACUUUUGUAUGAGAUUUGAGUAAUUGUACUACUAUUUAUUAUGUUUCUUUGUCGUCGUACUAUGUUGUGUUUUAUUUCGUUUCCUUUCUACUAUGAACGUUAAUGAUUCAGCUGUACUUUUAUUCUUGGACAAGGUUAAUAAAUCUUCGUUUUUAAUUGAACUAA